AUGCCCUUAGCCCACCAGCCUUUCAAGGUCUGCCCUGACGUGGAACUCAUCAGCAAGAAAUUUCUCACCUUUGAGGAUGCUGCGGAUCUUUUGGCCAAUGGGGUUGGGUGUCGCAAGAUACAAAGCGAUUCCGCCGAGGAUCUUCUUCGAGCAAGAGAAUCUCUCGAAGUGCCGGGCGCUUCUCUGAUCUCUUUUCAGAGCAUCGAGAAGAUCGUGCAGAGCCUCCAAGAGGAAUGGACGACUUGGCCGAAAAAACUUCGCCUCAAGCGCAGUCCCUUUUUGCUGGUCACAGGUCGUUUGGAAAUCAACUUGCAUCCAGUCUACCUGGGAGAUCUGGGGGUUGGUUUGCGCGGUCAAGCGGGCACACUGCUCCAUCGGUGGGUCGAGGAGCUUCAAUGCAUUCCAUUGGGUUUCAAGGAGAUUUCACCUGUCGGCAAACAUGGUGCAGUUGUGGCUGCUUCACCCUUUGUGCAUUUCUACGUGCACUUCAAGGCUGUUGGAUUUGCGCCCAAGAAGGGAGACUGGUUACGUGGACGAGUCUGCGAAGUCCAGAUCGAGGCUGGCUUGAAUGUGACCUUGGUGGGGUUGGCAAAUUGCCAUAUCGCAUCCAAGCAUUUGCCGCGGGCUUUGAGGUUCUGCAAGAAAACCAAGCGAUGGUUGGGAUGGCAAGAUGAGGAGAAUGGGAACUCGGAAGAUGUAAGCCAGCCAGUGGUUUACGUCAGGGUGGUGGAUGACAUGGUGGUGGACAAAUUCACACAGUCAGGCAAGAUGUUCGAGAUCAAUUGUCGGCUUGGCUAUCCAGAGAAAGACAUGGAGAGAGUCUUGCGGGAGGCACAGACAGCUGAAAAAGAGAGGUUAGCAAAGAAGCUGGAGAGGAAGAAAGCAGCGCAGAGGCCUGCUCAAACGGCUGGGACAGGUGACUUCACCGGCUCUAAGGAGAAGGCUGAUGAGCAGGCAAGUUCACCAAAGGCCAAAGACCUGCUCAAUCUGGCAGAGGAAACCACUGCUUCCUCAUCAAGCAAGAAGAAAAAAAGAGAAGUGGCUGAGGAGGACACUACAUCUACUCCAAGCAAGAUGAAGGGAGGAGCGGCUGAGGACAGCACUCCACCCUCACGGAAAAAGAAAAAACAAGACAUCUCCGAUGAGGCUGAUGAGCAGGAAACCACGGCUUCCUCGACAAGCAAAAACAAGAGACGCGAAGUGGAUGAUGAGGUAAGCUCGCCAAGGCGGCGGAAGAAGGAGGAUGUGAUGCUCAAUGGGGAUCGCAAGCCACGCAACAAAGAGGUGCAGGUGAAGAAGGCAAAGAUAAAAACGGAAGCUGCUGAGGAAACCCAAGAGGAGCCUGCUCCUGCGAAGCAGAAGCGAGGAUCAACAAGCCAAAAGGCCAGUGGAGCCGCCAACAGAAGAACCCAGAAGCUGGCCCAGAAGGUUUGA